AUCAAAAACACACCCACACACAACAAUGGAGUAUCAAACCUUCUUCCUCGUUUUAUCAUGUCUCUUCCCAUUCAUCGUCUAUGCCUUCACCAUUUCCAACCGGCGCAACUCACGAUUACCACCGGGACCUAAAGGUUUUCCCAUCAUCGGAAACGUCUUUGAAUUUGGUGACAAACCCCACCAAUCUCUUGCCAUAUUAUCUAAACGUUAUGGUCCUUUAAUGUCACUUAAACUCGGAAGUCGUACAACCAUAGUCAUUUCAUCUCCCGAUAUCAGCAAAGAAUUCUUUCACACACAUGAUUUAUCCUUCUUAAAUCGAUCAGCUCCUAAGGCUAUCCAAGUCGGAGACUUUCAUAAGUACUCCAUAGUUUGGAUGGAGGCUGGAGAUCAAUGGCGAAAGUUACGAAGAAUGACUAACGAAUAUUUGUUUUGUGUACAACAGCUAGAUGCUAGUGAAUUCCUACGAAGGGUGAAGGUGCAAGAACUUGUCAACCAUGUUAACCAAUGUUGUAGAGAAGAAAAGGCUUUGAACAUAGGUGAAUGUGCGUUCACGACGAGUCUCAACAUCCUUUCCAAUUUCAUGUUUUCUAUGGAUCUUGCUCAAUAUGAUCCAAAGUCAACACAAGAAUUCCAAGACUUAGUAUUGCAAGUGAUGCAAGCUGGUGCAAAGCCAGGUCUACCCGACCUUUUUCCCAUACUUCAGUCGUUGGAUCCACUAGAGUUAAUAUGGCCAGAAAAUGUUUAUGCCAAGAAAAUGGUAAAUAUUUUCGAUAAGAUCAUCAAUGAGAGGUUGAAAACUAGAUCGACAACUGUGAGUGAUGGUGUUUCAACGGAAAAGAAUGAUGUUUUAGACUUACUACUCAAUCAGAAAUCGAAUAUUACUCAAAAUGAUAUGAGACACUUAUUUCUAACACUAUUUGUGGCGGGAACGGACACGACAUCAAGCACGUUGGAAUGGGCGAUGGCUGAACUGAUGCGUAACCCAGAGAAAAUGAAAAAAGCAAGGUUGGAGGUCGAUAAAGUCAUGCAAAACAACACCAAUGGAGUCAUACAAGAAUCUGAUAUCUCUCAACUCACUUAUCUACAAGCUGUGAUAAAGGAAACUCUAAGACUACACCCUCCCGCUCCUUUUCUUAUCCCUCGUGAAGCCAUACAUGAUGUUGUUGUUCAAGGCUUUAUUGUGCCUAAAAAUUCACAAAUUUUGUGUAACGUUUGGGCUAUGGGAAGAGACCCAAACAUAUGGUCAGACCCAGAAAUGUUCAUGCCAGAAAGGUUUUUGGACGUGAAGGUUGAUUAUAGAGGUCAAGAUUUCAAGCUUAUUCCUUUUGGUGCAGGAAGGAGGAUGUGUCCAGGAUUGAAUCUUGCAAAUAGAAUGUUACAUAUAAUAUUGGGAUCUUUGAUUCAUAAGUUGGAUUGGACGGUUGUGGGAAAUAAAAGACCACAAGAUAUUGAUAUGGGAGAAAAGUUCGGGAUCACAUUGCAAAAGGCCGAGCCACUCAUUGCUAUCCCUAUGAAAUUGUGAUUUUAGUUGUUUUCUUAAAUAAAAGCUGAAAAGCAUUUGCCAUUGUACUUAUAUUUUAUUUGAAAACAUCUACUUAUUUUUUAUAUUCUUGUUAGACACAAGUUUAAAUGCUUUUGUUUAUGGACGUAGACAUAAUUUUGUUUUAGGGUAAACCAUAUAAUUUUCAAAAUAU